UCAGUGUACACACACACACACACACACACACUCAUCACCAUGCACACAUCCACUUAUGCUGCUGCUAUAUUGAUUAUUAUCAUUCAUAUUUAUCUGGCUACCAGUCACGUUUUACCCCUGUUUACAUGUACAUAACUACCUCAAUCACUCCAUUACCCCUGUUUACAUGUACAUAACUACCUCAAUCACUCCAUUACCCCUGUUUACAUGUACAUAACUACCUCAAUCACUCCAUUACCCCUGUUUACAUGUACAUAACUACCUCAAUCACUCCAUUACCCCUGUUUACAUGUACAUAACUACCUCAAUCACUCCAUUACCCCUGCACAUUCUAAUAAUAGUACUGGCACUGACCUGUAUAUAACUGCAUUCUCACAAUUUUUUUUUUGUCUCUUUCAUUUUUUUUCCCAUGUAUUAUUACUGCUCUGUUGGGAUGAGCUCGCAAGUAAGCAUUUUAUUGCCUGGCUGCCCAGACUCCUUUCUCUGGCCAAAUGCUACGCCACAGACAUUAGUUUCUUCUCUGCAAUGAGUCUGGAUCUGAAUACCUGCACGACCCUUCACCGAAUGUAAACACAUUCCGGUCCGUCUGAUUGGUCCAGAAUCCGAUGGGUUGGGCCAGAGACAGAACACGCGUGGUCCCCUGGUAUGCCCUGUCUCCUCCGGCAGCCCAGCACCUCACCAUGAAUGCUAGCGGGAAUGUCUCUACUGCGGGAAACGCCACAGCUGCGUGGGACGCUGGUGGGGGCCCGGUGGUGCUGGAGUCAGUGUUCAUCGUCACCAUUGCCCUCCUGGCCUGCCUGGGCAACUUCCUCAUCGUGGCCACUCUGUACCGCAGGCCCUACCUCCUCACACCCAGCAACAAGUUUGUGUUCAGCCUGACCCUGUCCAACCUGCUGCUGUCAGUGCUGGUGUUGCCCUUUGUGGCGGUGAGCUCAGUACGGCGGGAGUGGGUGUUUGGUGUGGUGUGGUGCAACUUUACCGCCCUGAUCUACCUGCUCAUCAGCUCGGCCAGUAUGCUCACCCUGGGGGCCAUCGCCAUUGACAGGUACUAUGCUGUACUGUACCCCAUGAUCUACCCCAUGAAGAUCACAGGCAACCGGGCGGUGGUGGCAAUCGUCUAUGUGUGGGUGCACUCCCUGGUGGGCUGCCUGCCACCCCUCUUCGGCUGGUCCUCCUUCGAGUUCGACCGCUUCAAGUGGACAUGCGUGGCGGCCUGGCACCGCACCCCUGCCUACACCGCCUUCUGGGUCACCUGGUGCAGCCUGCCGCCACUGCUCGCCAUGUUGGCCUGCUACGGCGUAAUCUUCCGCGUGGCACGCCUCAAGGCCCGCAAGGUGCAUUGUGGGACGACGGUGGUCGCGUCUUCAGAAGAAACGUCAUCGGGUGCUCAGAGGAACGACCAGCGUAAAAACUCAUCUACGUCCACGUCGUCCAAUGGAAGCCGGUGGAGUUUAGUGUAUGCUGGGAGCCAGUGCAAGGCUUUCGUCACCAUUAUGGUGGUGAUCGGGACCUUCCUGGUGACCUGGGGCCCCUACGUGGGGGUGGUGUGUACAGAGGCCCUGUGGGGUCAGGGCAGCGUGUCCCAGGGCCUGGAGACCCUGGUGGCUUGGCUGUCCUUCUGCAGCGCCGUCUGCCACCCGCUCAUCUACGGCCUGUGGAACAAGACUGUGCGAAAGGAACUGCUGGGCAUGUGCUUCGGGGAUCGCUACUACCGCGUGGAGUCGUUCGCCACACGCCACCGCACGUCACGCCUCUUCAGCAUCUCCAACCGCAUCACAGACCUGGGCAUGUCCCCUCACCUGACGGCCAUGUUGGUGGGAGGAGGGCAGCUCCUGGCCCCCGGCAGCAGCACUGGAGACACCGGCUUCAGUUUCACUCAGGACUCAUGUACAGAUGUGAUGCUGCUUGACAACUUCUCCACAGAUGGCCCCUCCCACAUUGGAAGCGUGGCCGUAAAGAGGCGGAGCUCGGUCACCUUUGAAGACGAGCAACAGCAGAAUUCCAAAGCUGCAGAGAGCACCACCAUCCCUUCUACGGUCCAGGUCCAAGUAGAGAUACACAAAUCUCUGGACACCUUCGCCUCCUGCCUGGCCAGGGCCAUCGAAAGCGACGCUAAGCUCACCCUCUUUGGCGAGGACACACCCCUAUCUGGGGUGUUGUUUGCGGCUGCGGCGAGGGGGGCACAGAGGCCCCGUUACCUUGACGGUCAGAGACUGAGGCUGGAGAGCAUCGAUGAAGGUAUCGUCAAAGACGACAGAGAAGACCAAGAGAGGGAGAAUGCAUAGAACAAAUAUCCCUUUUCUUCUUUAAGGACUGCUGCUGACUGAAUUUGGUUGUUGUUGGGUCGCACCAUUCUAGGUAGACCCUAGACACUGUCGUGCGUGGAAAAACCCAGAAGGCCGGCCAUUUCUGAGAUUCUGGAACCGGCGCCCGUGUCACCGACGAUCAUACCACGCUCAGUCGCUUAGGUCACUUGUUUUGCCCAUUUGAACGUUCGAUCAAACAGUAACUGCAUUUCUCAAUGCCUGUCUGUCUGCUUUAUAGAGCAAGCCACGGACACGUGACUGACUGUCAGCAGAAGAAAACCAUUUAUGAAAAGGGUGUUGUACCUAAUAAACUGGCCCUCGUGUAUAUCUGUAUUUAUCUGUGUGUCACUGUCCCAGUAUGGUACUGCAUUGUUAGAGCAAUACUCCACAACGUAAGGUAUUAUACACUUUUGAUUUCCACUAAGGGCUGGAUUCAUUCUGUAUCGCAUUAGAUUUGCAUUUAUAGUGUGAUUUAAAGGCAGUGUUCCCGCAUUCGCAGAGAUUGCAUACACGGUAAACGAUGCAUAUGUUAGCUCAAUCGGAAAUUACCUUUACAUUUUAAAGCGGAUCUUCCAUGAUUUGGACUGAAUCCAGCCCUAAGAUAUUUUGUACUGUUGUAAUUAAAGUUUUUUUAUACAUAG